GUUAAAAUGUACAAACCAGUAUGUUAUGCUUAUAACGGCAUCAGCCGCUUACACGGCCAGUCGCGUCCCUUGAUAAAAUAUUAUAUCUCUAGUGUUUACAUACGGAAAAUCAAGCACCAUGUCCCGACAAGCCUACCUGCGUAUCCUGGUAUAUACAGCCAGUAUAAUCAUGUACAUAGGUAAUAUGUUUUAUAUGACCUGGGUAAAUAGAAAUAAUCCGGUUGUAAACGAGCAAGUUGAGCAGUUUAAGAGUUUGGAGCUGAGGUUCUUUACUACUUGGACGUAUUUACUACAAGUAGGCUACGCAAUAUUCGCUCUGGGCUGUGAUCUCUUCAUAGUGAAGAAUGCGAAGAACAAAAACUACAGUCUACCAUCACCUAUCACUGAUUUUAGAGAAAUAAUCUUCUCUGGUCUGGUGUGGCCUUGUACCAUGGUAGUCUUCACAAUAUUCUGGGGCCUCUAUAGCUACGACAGACGUCUUAUCUUCCCCGAGUUCCUCGACGCUGUCAUCCCGCCGAUCUCCAACCACGUCAUACAUACGAUGAUAGUUCCCGUGGUCCUCUGUGAGGUGGUGUUAAGGCCCAGGAAGACACCGGAGAACCAUGCGAGGAAUGUUUCGCAGCUGACUCUGCAUUUGUGUGUUUAUUUCAGUGUGUUAUACUUCACAUACAUAGAAAGAGGUAUCUGGUUGUAUCCUAUAUUUAAGAAACUCUUUGGCACAAUAUACUUUGUUUUUGCUAUAGCAGCCAUAGCCGCAUUAUUUUAUAUAUUUUACUAUAUACAAUGGCCGAUCACAAAUAUGAUUCACGGUUCUAAGAAAAAAGUUGAGAAGAAAAAGGCAAAAUUAGAGAAAAAAGUUAAAUGAUUAUAGUGAUAAAUUGUAGCUAAUUUAGUUAAAAAUAUGUUUGAAUUUAGAUAAUUUAUUUUUGGGUAUUGUUUUUUUUUGUAUUUUUAUUAAAAUAAUUUGAUUGAA